AGCUCCUCGGGUCAAGUCUGGGAGGACGCUUCCCGCAAAUUUGCCACAUUCAGGGUACGGCUGUAUCUGCAGCUCCUCAGCGUUGGCCACUGGUACCCAUGCCGACUUUCAACCUGCCAUGAACUUUUAUGAUGCGGCCCUAAAAACUAGAGAGUAAAAGUUGGGAAGUAGCAGAGCUGCCGGUGAGGUGUUGGAAGAGGAAACACAGUCAGGCUGCCUGAUAUUUUUAGAGCUGGGCUCUGUGGUCCUUGGGUUUUUGUCUCAGCUAUUUGUUAAAAGAAGUGGCUGUUUGAAAUGCCGCCGUCACAGGUUGCGUGCUCCUCUUGGCCUUGCUGCACCGUAACGUUAAGUGGUACUAGCUAAAUCUCUGAGCCACUCGGCGUGGUGUGUAAUGGCACGAAUCCCUAAACUGCUUGAAGAAACCCAAAACCAUACAGCACUGUUGAUAAAGGGCUGAUAGAAAAGGACAAUUUUGCAGCCAAGUGCAGUAUAACAAAAAACAAUGUUUUCCCGACUACGAGUAGCUGCCACUCCCUGUGCGAUGGCAUUUCGCAGCGCACAUACGAAAGAAAAAGGCAAGCCACUGAUGUUAAACCCACGAACAAACAAGGGUAUGGCCUUUACAUUACAUGAACGACAGAUGCUUGGGUUGCAAGGACUUCUGCCUCCUAAAAUAGAAACACAAGACAUUCAAGCCUUACGCUUCCAUAAGAAUUUGGCAAAAAUGACUGACCCCUUGGAAAAGUAUAUCUACAUAAUGGGAAUCCAAGAGAGAAAUGAAAAAUUAUUCUAUAGAGUAUUGCAAGAUGAUAUCGAGCGGUUAAUGCCAAUUGUAUACACACCAACAGUAGGCCUUGCCUGCUCACAGUAUGGACACAUCUUCAGGAGACCAAAAGGAUUAUUUAUUUCUAUCUCAGACAGAGGCCAUAUAAGGUCAAUUGUGAACAACUGGCCCGAGAAUGAUGUUAAGGCUGUUGUUGUCACUGAUGGAGAAAGAAUAUUGGGUCUUGGAGAUCUAGGUGUGUAUGGGAUGGGAAUUCCAGUAGGAAAACUGUGUUUGUAUACAGCCUGUGCAGGAAUACAUCCAGAUAAAUGCUUGCCUGUGUGCAUCGACGUUGGAACUGAUAAUGCAACACUCUUAAAAGAUCCAUUUUAUAUGGGCCUGUACCAAAAAAGGGAUCGCUCACAGGUCUAUGAUGACCUAAUUGAUGAAUUUAUGGAAGCCAUUACAGACAGGUAUGGCCAGAACACACUUAUCCAAUUUGAAGACUUUGGAAACCACAAUGCUUUUCGCUUUUUAAGAAAAUACAGAGAGAAAUAUUGUACCUUCAAUGACGAUAUUCAAGGGACAGCUUCAGUGGCCUUGGCAGGACUGCUGGCAGCACAGAAAGCCACUGGUAAACCACUUGCAGAGCAGAAAGUGCUGUUCCUUGGAGCAGGAGAGGCUGCCCUGGGAAUUGCAAACCUCAUUGUUAUGGCUAUGAUGGAAAGCGGCAUUUCUGCUGAGGAAGCCUACAGGAGAAUAUGGAUGUUUGACAAAUACGGUUUACUGGUUCAGGGCCGAGAACAAAAGGUAGAUUCCAAUCAAGAACCAUUUACACAUCAGGCUCCAGAGCAGAUACCAAAGACGUUUGUAGAGGCAGUGAAUGUACUUCGGCCUUCAGCUAUCAUUGGAGUUGCAGGAGCUGGGCGGCUCUUUUCUCAGGAUGUGAUCAAAGCAAUGGCCUCUAUCAAUGAGCGACCCAUAAUAUUUGCACUGAGUAACCCUACAGUGAAAGCUGAAUGCACAGCAGAGGAAGCAUAUACACUAACAGAGGGCCGUUGCUUGUUUGCCAGUGGCAGUCCCUUCGAGCUGGUGACUCUGAAAGACGGAAGAACCUUCAAACCAGGCCAAGGAAACAAUGCUUAUAUUUUCCCAGGCGUGGCUCUCGCUGUGAUCCUCAGCAGUGUUCGACAUAUUAGUGAUAAGGUUUUCCUAGAGGCUGCUAAGGCAUUGACAGAACAGUUGACCGAUGAAGAACUCGCACAAGGAAGACUUUAUCCUCCACUGUCUAAUAUCAGGGAAGUUUCUAUUUAUAUUGCUGUGAAGGUUAUGGAAUUUUUGUACGCAAACAACAUGGCUUUCCAUUACCCUGAGCCUGCAGACAAGAACCGUUACAUUCGAUCAAAGGUUUGGACCUACGAAUACGAAUCCUUCAUGCCAGAUGUGUAUGACUGGCCCGAAUCUAAGGUUCACUGAUAUAUCAAGAUCGCACUCCUCAGGCAGUAUCUUGUACUCUGCAGGGAUCCCUUUUUCAGACCAAUUUAAAUCAUGAUCUUUGAGUCCUGUAAUUUAUUUUGCUCAUUUUGUUGUCUUCCCCCCCCUCCCCCCUUCUACCCUGUUUUUCACUUGACGUAGAUUUCUCCCCACUCUCCCAAGUACCUGAUAAACUUUAUGGAUGAUGACAUCUGUCACAGGAAUGAGAGAGCUCUCCAAAAUUAAUUUAAAUAAUGACAUUGCAUUUCUAGCUUAGAACCUGCACUGCACUGAAGAAUUCCUUUAAUGAUAUUUUAGCUCUGUGCGUUUGAUGAAGAACUAUAGCUCUCUCAUCACUGCUGACUCCAGAAUGAUUUAUUUCUGCUUUUAAUAAUCAGUCUUCUACUUGUCCUAGCGUUGUCACACUUUGUUAUCUGUGACAUCACCAGAGAGCAUUUGUCCAAAAAAAAAAAAAAAAAUUUUAAAACGAAUUUAACAGUUUAGUGGGCUGUUUUGUCUGAUGUUUAAAGAUGCCUGUGUCCAGACUUCCUUGUGGCAUUGGCUGCUCUGUUUCUUUGUGCUUUGUGGAGCAGCAUGGUGUUGCACAUGUGGAAUCUGCAGCAAUGUUUGUCUUUUGUGUUUUCAUCAUUGUGUGAAAUCUGUUAUCAGGGAAAAAUGCGAACUAGUUAAAAUUAUCCUCUGAAAGCCUGAAAAUAAUAGUAAUCGCUUAAUAGCUUUUGAAAACAAAGCUACGCUGUUGCGUAACAAAUUCUAUCACGUAAAGGCAGGAUCUGAAUUAAUCUACGGAAAUCUUUUAGAGAUUUUUUACAAGGAGAUUUUCUGCCGUGGACUCCAAGGUGAUGUACCAAAGGAUUUUUGUUUCAUUUGUUCAUUUUUUCAAGGUUCUGUUUCUUCUAAGCUAAAUUUUCUCCCUGGCAUGCCCUUUUUCUCAUGAAAAGAUGCGUGUGGUGUUUUCAUGACAUCAUUGACUCAACAACUCCUAAGUGGACUCGCCACUUCGAACAAACCCCCCCACAGGCAGCUGAUGAAGCUGAAACAGAAAGUGUUACAGGCAGCAAUUGACACACACUUUUACAGAAGUUUGAAUGUUUCUUGUGGUCUCAGUCCAGUAUAUUCAAUUCAGUUUGAAUACAGGACUCAAAAGAUCCGAUGCUUAGAAGCUCUAAGCUGAUCACUUAAUCUCCCCCACUCCAUUUACAGGUUGAAUUUGUCAGGGUGGGGGUUUUUUUGUGUGUGUGUAAAACUAAAAACUGCGAGGUUUUUUCCUUGCACAUUUGAUACAGCUACCACAACGUGCAUUCCUUUUCAUUUUGUUCAUAUCAGGUUUGAGUGCCCUCCGCUCCUUUGUAUUAGCAGGCAAGGACACACAGUGAUAGUUACAGUCUGUGACUUCUCUAAAUCUGAUCUCUGUAACAAGAGCGAUGGUAUAAAGAUAAUGUGCUGUUCCAUAGUUUGCUGCAUCAAGGCCACAAAAAAAAAAUAGGAUGAAAAUAAAGAAAUAGAUAGAUGUAAAAGGGCUAUACUGCCAAACUUGAAGCUGGAAUCCAAAGAGAUGAAGUAAAGCUUGCUUAGGAUUUACCCAUGGCAAUCACCUCUCUCAUAUCUUCAUUCAUAUUGGAAAAUACGGUCUCCACAGAAUAGGCCCAAAAUAGAACAGGGAAAAUAAUCUCUGAACCCCCUUGGACAUGGUCUCUGCCACUUACUGCCUAGUAUCUGAUUUUAAAAUUAUAUUUGUGUAUUAGAUAAACAGUAAACUUUGGGAAGGCUUUACCUAAGUGAGGAAAGAAGACUGAUUAUGUAAACACAGAAAACAGUGAUGUGGGGAAAAGACUGCGUAUUCAAACUGUGGUAAAGUGCUGUCUGGUGGGGCUCAAAAUGCUACGUUGCCAAGUUGGGCAACGUACGUGGUUUGCAACUUGUAUAUGUAAGUAUCUGUACAAAAAAGACCAACACACACGUGAUGUUUUUACAAAGAAUGCUUUUUUCAUCUAUUUUUGCAAUGCCUGGUUUUUAUUGUAUUUAAAUUUGUGAUCUUACUGAGAAAUUAUUUAUUUAGUAUACAAAUUAUUUUUACCUUCUGAAAAUUCAACUCUAGCCGAAGCCUGUGGCAGCGUGUCAGUGGAGUUCUGCAUCAUCGAAUUCAAAUGCACUGGGAACGCACACUUCCUCUCUUCUGCCAAUGUACCAAUUAGGCAGACGAGUAAUUAAAAUAUCCCGUGCACUGAUCUUGUGUCCUGCCUGAGAAUGAUCACAGAGGCAGGGCAAUCGGUCCAUCAAUAUAAUUCUGUCUUACAAAAUAAAGAUCUGCAUCCAUCUA